UAAUAAAAGUGGAAAGACCGGUCAUUUUAAUUUAAAUGAUUACAGAAGAAUUACAAAUGAUUCAAACAAUUAAUGAAGUGAAUAUACCAAUAUUCAAUAUUACAAUUCAUGGAAUUAAUGAUCAUGUGAAUGUACAAAAAUUAAGUACAUUCUUAUUACCAGAAUAUGAAACAAAGAAUAUUGUUGUCAAGGUAUUAAAUAAAGGCUAUUCAAAUCAAUUAAUCUUAAUUGACCAUAAGAAACAAUAUUCAGCUUCAUUAUCUGCAAUACCAUCAUUACUUAUACGUAUUUAUGGUAAUUUAACAACAUCAUUAAUAGAUAGAACAAAUGAAAUGAAAUAUAUGAAAGUAGUUGGAAAAUUCAAAGGUUUUCAACAAUUAUAUGGAAUAUUUAAUAAUGGAUUUGUAUAUUCAUACAUUGAUGGUUGUGAUAUUUCAUUGGAAAAAUUAUAUGAUAUAAAAUAUGGCAAAUUAAUUGCAGAGAAAUUAGCUCAAUUACAUUGUUUAUCGAUUGAUGAAUUUAUACAACAACAAAAUAAGAAAAUCAAUCCAGAAUCCCAAUUAUUUCCAACCCUAUUUAAAUGGAUCAAUAGACUUGAUGAUGAAUUUAUUAAUUUAUCAAGAAAAUUAAAAAAAUAUGAAUCAAUUUUUCCAAGUAAAUCUUAUAUAUUCAAUGAAGUAAUCAAAUUGAAAGAUCAAUAUCUUUACAAUCCUAUAUCUAAAGUAGUUUUAUGCCAUAAUGAUCUGAAUGCAGCUAACAUUAUACUGGCUCCAGAUGAAAAUUCUGUUCACCUGAUUGACAUGGAAUAUUGUGACUUAAACUAUGCGGCAUACGAUAUUGGUAAUCAUUUUUGUGAAUUUACUGGACCAUAUGCAAUAGAGUUUAAACGUUAUCCUUCAAUUGAAUAUCAAAAAGAAUGGGUAAACAUCUAUUUAACAGCAUAUUAUCAGUAUUCUAAUUCAAAAUCAGAUCUUCAUUAUAAUGAAUUACAAUGGAAUAGAUCUAAAGAAGAUUAUAUAAAUCAAUGGAUUAAAGAGAUUAAUUGUUUUGCAUUAGUAUCUCAUUUACUUUGGGCUGUUUGGGCAGUAAUUUGUGCAUCGGAAAACUUAUAUUCUAUGGAUUUUCUAGCUUAUGCUGAUUCAAGAAUGAAACAAUAUUAUCAUAUGAAGAAAUGGUUACCGUCAACAUUUCAAUUACCUGUUGUGUAAUUUCUAUUUCAAAAGUAUCCAUUUUUAUACUGUUUAAUAUAAAUUAUGAAUAGACUAUACAAAACACAUAUCUGGUUAGCGUUUUUUUUUUAGCAAGUUAGUUUUCUACGGGAUGGGAUCGCUAAUCCCAUAUUCAACCCUCCUGUUUUAUUCGGAAUUGAAUCCUACGGUAGCUCCAGAGGGGCUCCAGGCAGAGUUCAAAACACAUAUCAGUCCAUGGUAUUUUUGUUUUUUUGGAUUUAUAAUUCUCUGUUUUAUUGAAAAUUAAUCAAUAGUACUAACAAAUGCAUGAGUAAUAUAAACAGUAUAAAGUGUAUGAAGUCAUUUGUUGAAAGUUGUUUAUACAUUCAAUGAACUUCUUACUCUGUAUUUACUGAAAGUGUGAUGUGUGCUACUGAUGUCGAUAGAUAUAAGUAGUAUGUAUCAUCAAUUGAAAGUGAAAUGUCUAGUGGCAGAAGGUUAAAAAGAUCAAAGAAAAGAGAAUGAAAACAGAAAGUGAUAUGUUUCGAAACAAAAGAACAACGAAAUGUGAAACAUUUGAUAGACAUUCACCGUACGGAUUUCAGAUUUUACCAAGUUAUUUUGUAAUGUUGUGCUGAAAUGCAUUUGGUUAAUCCCUGCCAGUGUUCUCAUUCACUACAGUAUCUGCACCUCGAAAAAGUUGUCAAUAGGAUAACAAUGAUUUAGUUUAAGGGAUCUAACGCUAAGGUUGUGAUGAUAGGAAUAAUUACUAGUAUUAUACUGUUAAAAUGAAUAUAGAAUGGACACCAGCUUAUAGGCAUCAUUAUUUUUGGUCAAAAUUACUGGAUAUUCAUGAUCAUCAAACAAGUUCAUACUGUUCAACAAGAUGUAAUUUGAAAGUCUUUGAUGGUUAUAAUCCACACUUACUUACUUACUUACGCCUGUUACUCCUCAUGAAGGAGCAUAGGCCACUCACCAACAUUCUCCAUCCAACCCUAUCCUGGGGAAUUCUUUCCAGCUUCUUCCAGUUCCUAUUCAUCCUUUUCAUAUCUGCUUCUAUUUCUCAAUCUUCUUCAUAGUUUUGCUGGUUAAUGAAUCUUAUCUUCAUACAAAUAGAUUUUCAUAAGCUAUCAUCUAAACCAGAGAUUUGACCAUGAAUGUUUCCACAAUCUGCAUAUAACCAUGUGUAUUGUGUAAUGGACAUGUGGAUGACAUAGAAAUAUCAACGUCACUGAGAACACACACACUUGAAAAACAUCACAUAUUAUCUAUUAAAAUAAUUAAUAAGUAGUAUAUUAAUGCUUUAUUCUGUAUAACAUGUUUGUAAUAGAAAAAUUGGUGAGAUUAUAAUUUAUGGAUGACCUUUGAGUGACCCCAAAGUGACCUUGAGAGUGUUCACCUAGUAACUAGGACCAAAUCAGGGUUACGAAACAUUGUGGGGGAUUACAAUUAUGAUUUAUUGUUGAUGGUUAAGAUUAGAAAUUAGAUUUAGGGUUUUCAUCACGAACUGACAUCAGCUAUAAUGCCAAAACUCUAUUUGGCCAAAUGGAUUAAUGAAUUUCGUGCCAAAAUCCGACACCUUAUUAUCCUAUAUCUGACUGAUUCGUCCAAAAAAAAAACUAAUAAUCUGGCCGAAAAAUUUUGUCAUCUAACCUUUAAGCAAAGAUAGAUGGUAGUUAGCAAAAGGAAUCCAGAAUGCAUGUUUCGUCCUAUUUGAUUUUCAUCAUCUGGAUGUACCUACAUGCAAAGAUUGAUAUUCACUCAAAGACUGAUCAAUAACGAUCCCAAACGUGCAAUGCUAACCGGUGUUGGAGAUGGUUGGAAGAAAGUUAGGGGCGGACAAACCAAAACGUGGCAUCAGUACUUGAAGUCACCAACUCCUAGUCUUAGCCAUGUUCGUGGAUGCAGACUACUUGGUUGGGGUCCGCGUGACUAUCGUAACCAAUGGUUUGAGACUCUUGGUGACAUGGCUCAGAAUCGAUCACAAUGGCGUCGGUGUAUACACUCUCUAUCUUCCCUUAAACUAAGAGAUUAAAAUCGCUUCAUAUCUUUCUUUCUACGAGCUAAUUCUUUCUUCCUGUACUAUAUCCUCAUUGCAACCUUUCUUUUAUAUAUUACCACAACUGAAUUAACUAAUUUUAUUAAUCCGAUGUUCAUGUUGUUGUGUUAAUCAGGUAUGUCAACUUGAACCGAUGCACAUAUAUGUGCCUGGUUCUACGUUGUAGCUGACUGAUUGACUGACCAAACAUCAAUGGGAAGAUUCAAACAAAUAAUACAAAAAUAAAUUAUCCAUUUAUCUUUUAAACAUGCUUUAAAAAAACCGUCUAUAAAUAAUACAUUUUUCAACAGUACUUUAUUAUUGCUUCAUCUACACCAAAGUACAACUCCAAACAUAUUUUUCUUCUAAGACGACAUUGGUUUUAUAAGUCACAAUGAAGCUUCCAUUUAUUCCUCUAAAGUAUUGUUAUAUUCGGUUGUCACAGAUUGCUGUGCCGCAAAACGGCUGGUCACUUAUACUCGGAACGAGGGACCACGGCAAUUCCCAUGAUGCGAAAGUAAGAACACACAAGACUGGUAUAAGUGAUGACUUAUUAACCCCAAAACACGUCGACGACGAUUCUAAUAGAAAAUACUCUGGUUUAUAAAUUGAUUGUACACCUAUUUUGAUUAAUAAUUAGGAUGAAAUCACAUAUUCAGUUAUAACAAAUUACUUACUGAGCAUAGUUCAUGUCAGUGGAAUACAAAAAUAUCGUAUAUUAUACAGAAGAAAAUAUCAUACUGGGAAAACUAAUCAAAUAGUACACUGAAUGAUCCUCAUGUUGAAUCAAAACGGAUGUUGAAUGUUGAAUAAAACUCUUAAUGAGUAAUUCAAUCGAAGACUGACUUUUCUUUCCAUCAGAUCAAGAAUAGAUAAUAUGGAAUAUAUUGAAGUAUUAAGUUGAUUCAAGACUAAAUAUCAAAUGAAAUUGUUUAAUGAUCCAAGAUCUGACUCCAAUCAGAUCGUUUCUGAUUGUCGUCGAAAUAUAUAUAUCAUCAAUCCUCGUAUAUAAUUAUCGACUUUGAUCACGUUAGUCAAUAGUAGAAUUAAAUAAGUCAAUCAAGAGAAUGAAUUUUGGAAUGAACAUAUUUUGGUACAUUCACUGAUCUGGACAGGAAAUCAGAGGGAUGAAACGAAUAGAAGAGAACGAAACGAAAUGACGCGUAGCGGAGAUGGCAUGUAAGCCAACUCCCCUUUAAGUCAAGCGUUAAUCAAUAUUUAUAGUUACACAAACAUAAACUAUAGAUAUAUGAUGAAUAGGAUAAGAAGUUCAUACAUAUACGCUCAUAUAGAAACAGUCAGGGUUGAUAAGUGAAUAAUGAACAAGGUUAAAACGUUACUCAAGAAGAAUGAAUAAAUUGGACUAUCCAGAAAUAAGAAUAGAGUAUAUGGGUUUAAGAUAGUAACCAACGCUACAUAUCAUAUAUCACAUAUGAUUUAGUAGAAUAUAAAGAAAGGGAGAAGUUGAAGGCAUUAGAAUAUCAGAAGUAAAUUUUCAUUGAAGAAACAAAAAAGAUUUCUCUUAAUGACUUUUUUGUAUUAAACAGUAAAGUAAAAUCAAAAGAGGGUUUUGUGGAGAUUUUAGUAAUUUAAGGGUUGAAUUCAUGAAUCAAUUAAAGCUAGAUCAACAUGGAAAACCUGGAAGCAUUAGACGGCCGUUUCGUCCUAUUAUGGGACUCCUCAGUAGUGUGCAUUCACAAUCCCGCACGCCACACUCAAACCCAGGACCUAUCAGUCUCGCGCGAGAACGUUUAACCUGUAGACCACUAAGCCGACAUCCAACGGUGUUAAUGUCUAACUUCAACCAAUCCACGAAAGUUCACCACCGUCCACUAUCAACUUCAAUGAGUUACUAUCUCACAAGUUCUAGUCAAUAAUUGUGAAAUAUAUUACCAUUUCAUAUAUUCAUAUUCAUCCAUAAUUUCAAAUGUAGUUUAACUGAAUCUACAACGUCUUCCACCAUUCAACAAAACUAACCAAUAAUAAACAGUACUGUUCUCUGUUUCUAUUCACCGAACUAAACGAAUGUAACAUUUCAUUCAUAUUGAAUCAUCAAGUUUUUUUUUUCAAUAACGAGUAGUGAUGAGUGGAUUCGAAUUUACACACAUGGAGUUCCUGUUCGUAGGAUAAGAAGUGUACACACAGAUAUGCGCUCAUAUAAAAACAGUCAAGAUUGAUAAGGGAAUAAUGAACAAGGUUAAAACGUAACUCAAGUAGAAUAAAUAGAUUAGCCUGUUCAGUAACUAGAAUAGAGUAUAUGGGCUUAACAUAGUAACUAACAGUACAGUUACAUACUAAUCAAUGGGUAAAGAAGAAAAUAAUUUAUGGGUCAGUUAAGGGCAAUAAUAACUGUUUAAAGCUUAAAACUACAAAACAGUAAUUCAAUAAUAAUCAAACAAAAGUGAAGAAGAAAGUAAAAAAGAAAACCUGAAACAUACCCAUUAAAGGAAUGAGGGCUAAAAAAGGAAUGUGAGGUUGGAUGAAUCGUGGUUGUACGCAAAGUUCAGGCUAGAGUUCUUUGAUUGCCAAUGAAUCAGCAAUGAAUAAAAUAUUGAUUCAAUUUUCUUUCGAUCUAAUUCCUUUGACUGUGUAGAUUAGUUUAAAAGAAGACUCUUUUGGAGCGAUAUGCUCACAGUUGAUUAAAUACUCCUGUAUAGAACUAGGAAUUGUUUUACAUUCUCCUUUUAAAAGCCAAGCUGGAUAGUGUUCUGAGAUCAGUUUGGAAAGUUUAUCGCUUUGUGCGGUCAAUCUAAUCUGCCCCACAUGAUGUGGCCCAAAGCGGAAGUUUAUUCUUAACACAUCCAUGAAUGGUAGGCCAGCUUCAGAAAGCAAUACGGAGCUUGGUUGUGUAGGACGUUUUGUUCAACGAUUUUGAAAUCCGUUUAUUUAGGAUUUCACCAUCCUCGUCUCCAUUAAAUUCCAUAUUCAUAAAAAGGGUCUUCUUUUGUACUAUCGGUGCUUUUCCAUGAUGAUGUCUAGGUGUUAAGUUGCUAUCGGUGAAUCUAGGUGGAUAACCAUUCCUAAUGAGUCUGUCGAAGUUGAAAUACUUCCUCAUCUAUCGUGUCAGUGGAACAUAUUCGCUUGAUCCUUGAGGAUAAAGAGUGAAUUAAGUUUCUUUUUCUACUCAGUGGGACCCAGCUAUGGAAACCCGUGAACUGCCCACUCCAGGUUGGUUUUCUAUAUAUAGAUCUCUGUAAAAAACUAUCCGGUAUUCUUUUCAAUCAGACACCAAGAAAAUGGAAUUCAUUGUUUGCCUCUGUUUCUAAGGUGAAUUGAAUUGAGGGGUGACAAUUAUUUCAACUAUUCAAACUUUCAUUGAGGUCCAUGUCUUCUUCGUAAAUAAUGAAAAUAUCAUCCAUAUAUCUCUUAUAUAAAUGAAAUCUCUCAUUUAUUGGUCGAAGUUGAAAAGUCUUGCUAAUUUAACUCUAGAUUGGGUUCCUAAGCUCUUCUAGUAACCCCCAGGUUAGAUCUACACAGCGAUUUGAAGACGAGAGAAAAAGCGUGAAAUAUGUAAGAAACACUCUACUCCAAAGGUUCGUCUACGUAAAGAAAAUAUAGGGUUAUUACAGUAUUUUAGAUGUCAUUGGGUUUCCCGAAAAUCUUGGAAUGCUACUAAACAUAGUAGCAGUAUAAGUAUUCAUCCAUUCAUAAACUCUACAUGUGAAUUUCCACUUUCUUGAUGUUUCUGGCAAAACUACAAGGUUUUCAUAUCUGGUGCAGAUGUGAAGGCGCGGAUCGGAAAAGUAAGAGUAGCAUAUCUACAAUUGAGGAACUCAAAACAUCUGUCUGUCAACCAAAACCAAAGUCAGAAUUUUCAAUAUAAAUAUCAACACAGUUCUACCGUAUGGGACGGAAAUUUGCAGAACUACGAAAGCCAUCAUCCAGAACAUACAAGUGUUUAUUAACAGUUAUCUAUGCAAAAUAAUUCGGAUCCGUUGACCAGAACAAACCAGAUCUCAUAGGAGGAAGAAAUCAGGGAGAAGUGCUGGAAGUGGAUAGGGCACACACUGAAGAAGGUACCCAACUACGUCGCAGGGCAAGCCCUCACAUGGAAUCUUCAAGCUCAAAGGAGGAGAGGAAGACCAAAGAACACAUGAGAAGAAUGAACAAGAAUUGGAUAGAACUUGAAAGGAAUGCCCAGGACAGAGUGAGUUGGAGAAUUCCAGUCGGCGGUCUAUGCUCCAUCGGGAGUAACAGGCGAAAGUAUGUAAGUAAGUAUAUGUUGGAAUAUUCAGAAAAAUAUCCCAAAAAUGAUCCUGUUAAGUUUGAUGCUAUCCUUGAACGUGAAAUGGUGUCAUUUUCCUAUUCGUCAGUACUUAUUUCAUGUGUCGUUUCCCUACUGGUCAAUAUUUAUUUCAGGUGUCAUUUUCCUGUUGGUCAAUAUUCACGGUAGUCUUAACUGUAUAAAUAUGCAUUUGUCUGUAAAGUAUUAUUCCUAUUCUUAUUCUUCUCCUGACCCCAUAAACAAUUUUCAUCUACGGUUCGUGUUCUGAUAUAUUGGAGAUUGGGGAACAGUAUUGGGAUCGUACUGGGAUAUUUGAAGUUGGUCAAUCGGUAGAAAUUAGUGUAGCCACCCUACAAUCCACAAUAGUAUACUUUUCAUAUGAUCACCUUAAUAAAUUAGAUCAUUAUACUGAAUAUUAUAUUUCAUCAAUUAGAACUACUCAGUUACAGGAAAGCUUCUUUUCCAAUUUAUUAAUCAAUAAUCCAUCAAAAUACGUAUGUUCUUCUAAUUUUACACCAUGAACUGUACAAUGUUCAAAAGAGUAGAAUAAAAUUAAAAUUUGUGAAAUGAUGUAAUAACCACCCACAUAUUUUAAAUUACUGUGGUUUUGUAGCAUGAUCUUGUUCUCUUCUCUCUCUCUCUCUCUCUCUAAGUAUACCUCAAUGGAUGGAUACACUAUUGCAAUUAUAAAAAAGGAAUGUAAAUUGGAUGUUUUCAUAUGAAAUUGCAAUAAUAUCAUCAUUCCAUUCAUUCACAUGAUAGUAGUGAUAAUAAUGGUUUCAUUCAAUAUUAUAUGUUUGGUACAAUAUGAAAAGAUGAACAAAAAAGAUCUGAAUCUGUACAGGUUAUUGACUAGGUCAACUCUAAUAACCAGUUCGUCACAGAGUAUAUUUGGUAGAUAAGAUAUUGUAGAGCUUUUAUACAUUUACUGGCAUGAAUAGAUUCCAAUGUGUUGGUGUCUCGUUCUACCGAAAGAUAUACAUAGAGAAAGAUAUGAAUGAAAGGGAUGGUUAGUAUCUGAUAAGAUAACACCUACCAGAAGUUUACAAGACUUUAAAUGUCUAUCCACAGCCAUUUUAAUAAUGACCUCGAAAGACUCACCACACAGACUGCUAACUGCCUUCAGCACUCUCCGCAAUACAGCAAAGUCUUUUCUCAAAAGCCCAGGAAAGAAUAAUGGAGAACAGUAAAGAAUAAUAGGUAAUAUGCAAGAAUUGACAAAUUGUAAGAGUAAAUGACGAGUAAUCCCAAGAGCAUGCAAUCUCUUUAUGUAGUAAGUCAGACGGAAAACCUUCUUCGAUAACAAUAAAACGUGAGAAGACCAAGAGAGAUCAGAGGAAAAGGUAACACCAAGAUAGUUGGCCUUCGACACUGUGUUUAUCAAAGAGUCUUCAAUGUUACAAGCAUUAUGGGACCCCAACAUGGUGCUGGUCAUGUCUCAUGCUAAAGUCAACAGCUUGACAUUUAGACGAAUCAAGUAUGAGACCAUUAACAAUAGACCACCAUUCAAUACGAGACAAAAACUUACUCAUUUCAAUGGGAUGUAAAAAGGUAGGAAUCGGCAUACAUACAAUGAGAUCAUCCGCCUAUUUCACAAAAGUGCUUUCUGUGGAAGACGGCAGAUCAUGUAGAAAAAAAAAAGAGAAAAGAGAAGGGAACAAAGAACAGCUCCUUGUUGCUCAUCUUCCUGACACAGUAGAGACGUUGAACGCUUCCAUAUAAAUACAGUGUACUGUCUUCUUUCAGAGAGGUACGAAGAUAGCCAAUUGGUUACCCAGCUGUCAAUGUUGAUGUUGAUUAACUUGUUAAGUAAAAGUUGUCUUAAGAUAGAAUCAAAAGCAGAAGUACAGUCCAUAAAAGCGUAUUGAAUAUAUACUUCUUAUCCAUUUCCAAGCUGAACAGUAUAUUGUGAUGCAGCUCAGC